AUGGAUAAAAAGAUAAAUAAAAUAUUUAAAAAACAUUUGGAUGGAUGGCGGUUGGAUACUGGUGGAAAUCUUAAACUUGGAAGCUACUACACAUAUGAUAAUGGAAUUGGAACGAUUGUGAAAACAGAACAAGCACUUAAAAAUUUCCAAAACACCGAUGAGACAUUCAGUUACGACGUUAUAGGAGAAGAAAAAGGUGAGGAAUGGAGAGUCUACAACGUUGACAAUAAGAUUAGUAUAGGAAGUGAUUUGCUGGUUGCUCUCAAAUCCGGUCAGAAAGCAGAGAUCCAAUGUACUGUCAAUAGUGAGGAUUCAUUCUUGGUCAUCAUUCACCGACCGGUAAAAAGGGAAAUAUCAGUCGUAAAUGGUGAUGAUCUUGCAAAGGUUGUCUUAAAGACCUGGGCAAGCCAACCCAAUCGCUUUAUAGACGCAAAUCUUUAUGCCUCUGAAUUCCAUAUGCUCCACUUUGAGAAAGCCAACGCUAAUUUCACCAUUAAUAUUAGUGCUGCUAUCGGACAAGGUGGCAGCGUUGGUGCAAAAGGCAACAUUUCUUUCAGUGGAUCCAUUGGCGUACUCACUUCAAUUAAGCACACCGAGCCAGGCUACGUUGGUCUCUACACUCAGCUUGGAUUCGCCAAGAAAGGAUUUUUCGGUUCUAAACGCGCUAUCAAAGAGACCAAGGAUUACAAUAAAAUGGUCCUACCAAUUCGUAUGAUUAAAAUAGACUCUGGCGAGAGUAGUAAAAUCACAACCACCAAAAGUGAGCAAAACGAUUCAAAUAAAGCAGAUUCAACUCCAACUGAAUAA